AUGUUGGAUGAGUUGAAACCUUGGAUUUCUAACCUUUUCAAUGAGUUCAAAAAGGAAAUACUGGAUGCUGUGGUAUUGCAGAACGAGAAAAAGAAGGACGAAGGAGGAGGGUCGUCGAAAUGGUGUGAUGGAGGGAAAAACUCUGUCAAGAUUGUUCACGACUUGAAAGAAGACUGUCGUCAAAGGGAUAAUGAAGCUGAGGAUGAAACGGAGAAGUUAGUUAGGCGGUCGACUAGGCUUCGUGAUAUUGGAGAGAAGCGUAAAAUGGAGGUAGUGGGUACAAUAGAUGUGUCAAAUAAGAAGCGGAAAAUGAAGGGUUUGUGCAGGGAACUUUCCUAUAAAGAUGAUGAUGAUGAAAUGCGGGAUACGUGGGAGUACUACGGGGGCAAUGAAGGAGCGUUGGACUUAUCGCAAGUUGAUCAAAAAGUGGAUUCGGGGAACGGCGAUGAGUUGGGAAAGGAGGAUGCAGAUGCGGUGGUGGGAGGAAGUAGUAAAGUUGUGAAAGUGGGUGAUUUGGGAAACAAGGAUGGGGAUGUUAUAGUGGGAGGAAGUUGUGAAGUUGAGGCUAAGGUUUUUGGUCAAGAAGAAGAACGAGUUGGGGUAUUAGUUUCAUCAGAUGGGGAAUGUGGUGAGUUGGGAAAGAAGGAUGCGGAUGUGAUGGUGGGAGCAAGUGCUGAAGUUCAGCCAAAGCGUUAUGGUGAAGAGGAAGAUGGAGUAGGUCGCGUGUUACUGUCAUCGGAAGAUAAAGGCAGUGAUAAGCAGAAGCCAGACGAGGCGGAGACGGUGUAG